AUGAAGUUCACCACCGUCGCCACCACCGCUGCUCUCGUCGCCUCCGUUGCCGCUGCUCCUGCCCCUCAAGCCCAAGCUGCCGCUGUCGCUGAAGGUGAAGCCACCUUCGGCAUCAUCUCGGGGAUCUUGAACCUGUUGUUCGGCGGCUGGGGUAACAAGCUGUACUACUACAAGAAGAAGAUCACCAUCAUCAAGGACUACCACUACCGCGACCACUACUACAACUUCCCUCCCCAAUACGUCCCCUGUGGGUGCCACAGCGACGCUGCCUACGCCGUGUCCGAAGACAAGGCCAACGAGCUCCUCCAAGACUCGUCGUACGCCGUGGAAACCAACACUGCCGUCACUGCUCUCCCCGAUGACGCUGACGCCGCUGGUGCCGUUCAACCCGUUGAAGACGCUGCCAACGCUGCUCCUGCGCCUGCCCCUUCGGCUUAA